AUGACCAAUAAGCCUCAGAUUCAGCUUCAGUUCCACUACCAGUCGGCAAUUCAGCUAAUCAACCAUGUGGUCUCACAGCCGGACAUACCCCCAGAGAACGUCAAGAGAAUCCACCGAACCCAGACCCUAGGAGAAACCCCCAGAGAAAAGCGUGCGCAUCGAUUCCGCACAGGGUCUGCAAAGCUGGAGAAUUGA